AAUGGUUAGGAGGGAUAGACCAGCAACACAUGAUCUACUUCUUGGGAAAUUCAAUGAAGCAUUUAGAGUAGAACAGAAAGAGAAAUGUAAAAAUUUGUAUACACUUUUGGAGAAUUUUAAAAGAUUGGAAUUUUCUCUCUUCCCUGAACCAGAUAUUUCUGUUAUGUGUGAAGAUUUUAGCUCAUAUUAUAAAGAUGUUGGACAAAGUUUUCUUAAAGCAAAAGAUAAUGUAAAGACAGAAUUAGAGAAUAUCUUUGCAAAUUAUAUUGAUGAUGCAACUAGUUGUUCACAAAAUUCUAUCAAUUUGGCAACUGUUCUUCAUUCUCUCAGUCAGAAUGAUUUUGUUAAAAAAGAAAGGUCAUUUCAACAGCUUCAAGAACUCAUGGCAUUUCAAAUUGAAUAUAACAAACUCUAUCAAGAUUUUGAUGAUAAAACUGCAUCUAUAUUCAAUGUGGAUAUUGAAAAAGAGAAUAUUUCAAAAGUAAAGAAAGAUGGUGAUGUUUUUCUUCAAAAGUUUUCAAAUUCUGCUGAUCUUGUCUAUAAAGAUCAAAGAUUAAUGGCAAUUAAUAAAAAUGACAUCAUUCCACUAAAGGAGACGUUCCUGCAGAAGAUAACUAUUCUACUACAAAACAGAAUUCAAAUUUUUGAAGGAUUUAUAAAUAAAUUUGAAGAGAAUAAAAAUAGCCUGGAUGAGAAAUUGGAAAAAUUGGAAAUGAAUGAACUGCAAAGUAAGAUAGAUAGACAAGAAAUUGUAAUGGAUUCUGUGAAGGAACAAUUUGAAGAAUUGGAGAAUGAAAUUCAAACUCUAGAAAGAGACAGCAAAGAAAUUAAUGAUAAUUAUCAAGAAAAGUUAGUACUUUUGAGCAAAACAAGUGAGGAAAAUAGAGAAUAUCUAGAAAAACUCGAAAAUUUAGAAAAACAAAUCAAGGAAGAUAGAGAGAGAUUUGAUGAAUCACAAAAGCAAACUCAGAAAGAGAUAGAGGAUACGAAGAAGAAAAAAUCAGGGAUAUGUGUGAUAUCUUAA